CAGUAGUUUAGCAACCUAAAUGCUAAGAUAGGGUGUGAAAAUGAAGGACAACAGGAAAUAUCCAGUUUUCUUCUACAUGUGUUGUUUUCUGGGGUUUCUGGCAUCAGCUACUAUUCAACAGAAGACAAGGUUUCCACUCACAUUCAGUUCCAACACAGAGACUGACCUCUGCUCAGUUAGAAGGAUCGGCCAAGAUGACUUACCAGGAUAUGAUAUGAUUUCACAGUUCCAGCUUGAUAAAGCAGCUUCCAGAGGCAUUAUCCGGCGAGUGGUGGGCUCCACAGCAUUACAAGUGGCUUACAAGUUAGGCACAAAUGUAGACUUCAGGAUUCCAACUAGGUCUUUAUAUCCUAAUGGAUUACCUGAUGAGUACUCCAUUUUAAGUACUUUUCGGAUGGCUGGAAAUACACUGCAGAAGUACUGGAGCUUUUGGCAAGUUUUGGACUCUUCUGGAAAAGAACAAGUUGGAUUGAAGUUUAAUGGACAAGCCAAGUCUCUUGAAUACACAUAUAGAGGAACUGAUGGAAGUCUCCAGACAGCAACAUUUGUGGAUUUACCCUAUUUGUUUGAUUCCCAGUGGCACAAGGUCAUGAUCGGUAUAGAAAAAAACACUGUCACUCUUUACGUUGACUGUAUUAUGAUACAGACUCUAAGUAUAAGGCCACGGGGAAAGAUCAACAUCGAUGGCUUUACCAUGCUUGGAAAACUGAAAAAUAAUCCUCAGAUUUCAGUUCCGUUCGAAAUCCAGUGGAUGCUGAUUCAUUGUGACCCUCAACGACCCCAAAGAGAAACUUGUGGUGAACUUAUAGGCAGCAUCUCGAUAAGCCAGACAACCAUCGAGAGAGGCCCCCCAGGUCCACAAGGUCCCCAAGGCCAUCCAGGACCACCGGGAGUUCCUGGCAUUGAUGGUAUAGACGGGGAUAGAGGUCCUAAUGGGCCCCCAGGCCUUCCGGGCCCAGAUGGUGAACCAGGCAAACCAGGAGCUGCUGGAUUGCCAGGAGAACCAGGAGCUGAUGGAUUGACGGGACCUGAUGGAUCAUUAGGCCCAGUUGGUCCAAGAGGACAAAAGGGUGAACCUGGAUUGCCUGGAGGCCGUGGACUUGCUGGGAAAGGAAUUCUUGGAUCUCCUGGUCCUCCUGGUAUAGCUGGACUUCCUGGAGAAGUGGGCAGAGUUGGACCACCUGGUGAUCCUGGAAAGAGAGGUCCUGCAGGACUACCAGGACCUCCCGGCCCUAGGGGAACUGUUGGGCUUCAUGAUGGAGAUCCACUGUGUCCCAAUGCUUGUCCCCCUGGCCGACCAGGGUAUGCUGGGCUAACAGGCAUGAAGGGUCACAAAGGUGCAAAAGGAGAGGCUGGUGAACCAGGAAAACAAGGCCAUAAGGGAGAAGAAGGUGAACAAGGAGGCUUAGGUGAAGUUGGAACUCAAGGCCCUCCAGGAUCUCAAGGGUUAAGGGGUAUAACUGGCAUUUUGGGACCCAAAGGUGAUAAAGGUGCUCGGGGUCUUGAUGGAGAGCCUGGUCCUCGAGGUCUUCCUGGGGCUCCUGGUGAUCAAGGGCAGAGGGGUGCAUUGGGAGAAAUGGGUCCGAAAGGGGACAGAGGACCACAUGGUAUUAGAGGAAUUACUGGCCUCCCUGGGCCUAAAGGAGAAGGUGGCUUACCAGGAGUUGAUGGCCGUGAAGGGAUCCCUGGCAUGCCUGCAACGAAGGGUGAACCAGGAAAACCAGGCCCUCCAGGUGAUGUAGGAAUUCAGGGACUGCCAGGUUUACCUGGCUCUCCAGGAGCAAAAGGUGUUGCUGGCCCAAAGGGUAACACAGGCGCUCCUGGGAUACCUGGCUUGAUGGGGAAUUCGGGUAAACCUGGGGAACAAGGACCACAAGGAGAAAAAGGCCCAAUUGGACCCAGAGGACCACCUGGUAGCAGAGGAGAGCCAGGACCGGCAGGUUCACCAGGCAUACCAGGUAAAAUGGGUGCUGAGGGUGACCUAGGCCUCCCAGGUUUACCUGGGCCUCCAGGACUAACUGGUGCUACAGGUGACAGGGGUAUAGUUGGUGAACCGGGUCCCAAAGGAGAACAAGGUUCGACUGGUGGAGAAGGGGAGCCAGGAGGAAAAGGAGACCUUGGCGACAUGGGUUUGCCAGGCCCUAAAGGAUCGGUUGGUAAUCCUGGUGAAUCUGGGUCACGUGGACCUGAAGGCAGUCGUGGUUUACCUGGUAUAGAAGGAUUACGUGGGCCACCUGGACCUCGUGGUAUGCAAGGGGAACAAGGUGCUCCAGGGUUACCAGGGAGCCAGGGUCCAGCUGGUAGAAUGCCAACUGAUGCACACAUUAAGCAGGUUUGCAUGAGAGUAAUGCAAGAACAACUGGCUCAGUUGGCAGCCAGCCUCCGGAGGCCUGAAUUUGGUGCUCCUGGCCUCCCAGGCCGACCUGGGCCACCUGGGGUCCCUGGACCCUCUGGAGAAAAUGGCUUCCCAGGGCAGGCUGGAUCCCGGGGGCUGCCUGGCCUUAAGGGUCCUCCUGGUGAAAUUGGGCUGAAAGGGAUCAAAGGUGAAACUGGAGAAAAGGGAGAGAGAGGGUUCCCCGGUCGAGGGCCCAAAGGCUUACCAGGAACAACAGGACUCCCAGGAGAGCCGGGCAAGGCCAGCUAUGGCACAGAUGGACGAGAUGGUGAACGAGGCCCACCGGGGGAGGCUGGUCUACCUGGCGUUCCUGGCCCACCUGGUCCUCCUGGCCCUUCUGGCUAUUGUGAGCCAUCAGACUGCACUGUGCGAGCAGGGAUACGAGACGGUAAAAACGUGAAAGGGCCAUGAAAA